CGCCGGCCGCCGCUUCCUUGAUAACCAACGACCAUGGCGCGUAGUCGUACUCGCGUUCAUUUCCCGCCAAAAUUAAGGAAUUUCGUUCGAUCACUCUUCAGUUCUUUCUCUGUGCGUCUGCCCAAUUCUAGAAAACCACCAUGAGAGCUCUGAGAAACGCCGUCGUCACUCACAAGAAGCGCAACGCAGAGAUGCUGAAGCAGAAAAAAUCUGAGAUGAAAUCCACGAAAAUCAACAAAGGAAUGAAGAAAGAUCAAAAUGCUCCAAAACGUCCAGCUACAGUCUUCUUCAUUUUCAUGGAGGAAUUCAGGAAGACGUUCAAGGAGAAGUUUCCUGAUGGAAAAGCUGGUCCAGCAGUUGGCAAAGCUGGCGGUGAGAAAUGGAAGUCACUUUCUGAUGCUGAAAAAGCUCCUUGCGCUGAAAAAGUUUUGAGAAAGGAAGGCAGAGCAUGAGAUAUCUCUUGAAGCAUACACGAAGAAUCUCGUAACGCGUUCCCACUCCAUCUCUUCUUUCACUCCUUCGGCUUCCCUUUGAACACCACCAUAUGGUUCCAUUUAUUAUCUAUUGUCCCUAUCUCUCUUCUCACUAAGAUCUCCUGGCUUACAGAAUUGCUGUUCGGGCGCUGAAGCUGAAAUUGAAAUGCCAACAGAAUCGCAGAAAUCAACCUCUGAGGUCCAUGAUGACGCAGAGCAGGAAG